AUGGUGCGGUCAGGUGAACUUCCCUCUCGACUAAUCGCCUUGAAAUAUGGAGCAGAUCUCGUAUGGGGUCCCGAAACAAUCGACAAGGCUAUCAUGGGAGCUGAGCGCCGCGUCAACCCACGAAAUAAUACCAUCGAAUUCACCCGUAUACCGUCCAACAGUAGCAAAGGCGUUGAUCCCAAGGAAUCGGUUAUCUACCGCAUCGAUCCGGAGAAUGAGAAAGGAAAAUUGAUUUUCCAGAUUGGUACGGCGUCACCUGAACUAGCUGUUCAGGCUGCGAAGGUGGUUGCCGGCGAUGUCGCCGGCAUAGAUGUCAAUUCAGGCUGUCCGAAACCAUUCAGUACCAGCGGUGGCAUGGGCGCUGCAUUACUACGAACCCCCGAUAAACUCGUCUCCAUCCUCGAGGCGCUUGUGCGCGAAGUCGGGACUCCAUAUAAAAUCGGAAUAUCGGUCAAGAUUCGACUUUUCUCAGACCCGGAAGAGACAAAGGCCCUUGUUACUCGACUGGUCGCCACCGGUAUCACGGGUUUGACAAUUCAUUGUCGUACAACCCCUAUGCGGCCGAGAGAGAGGGCUAUUCGUGAACAACUCAGCAUGAUUGCGACUGUUUGUCGAGAGGCAGGUGUUGCGUGCGUCAUGAAUGGAGAUGUCACGUCGCGCGACCAGGCUCUUGAGUUAAUGAAGGAAUAUAAUGUGGAUGGCGCUAUGAUUGCGACAUCCGCCGAAGCGAACUCGUCGUGUUUUAGGUCUGAGGCCGACGGAGGACUACUUCCCUGGCGGGACGUCGUUCGAGAGUACGUCAAGGAGGCCAUCCGCGUCGAGAAUCGAUUCGGAAACACCAAAUAUUUACUCAACAUGAUGAUCAAGGCAAAAGACAAGGCAUCUGGACAGGCCAAGCAGUCUAAGAACUACGUGGAUAUCUGUCAAUUCUUAGAAUUUGACGAGCUUUUACCUGCAGCGAUGGAAGUUGACAAGAUCCUGGGCCUUGAAUCAAAAGGAAUCAGCGAAGGCAUCGAGAAAGAGACCAAGCCAUCCGCCGUGCAGAACGCAAUCGAGAACAACGAAUCCGCCAAAGCUGCUGGAGCUUCAGGGUGUAGCAAGAAGCCGUCCAAUGUUCACAGCGGACCAGGUCCCAUCAGAACAAACUCGGCUCGAGCAAGUGUCCCAAAGGCACCCGAGACCGAAAUUGAUCUAUCUGCACAGGCACCGUCAACAAGGCAGCAAAAUGCUAGCGUAGCUGUCUGA